ACAAGGACCUAAUCCUCGAUACAGCACAGCCUGUUAACACCUCAAUUCGGCCUUACACCACGUCGUGAAACUCACCCUGCCUAAUCUCACAACAACAUCUCACAACCACUGUAUCCCCCUCUCACAGCAUCCAUCCUCACCACCCAAUCCCUUCCCUUUUUUCCGCCCUCGUUCGUGAUUCACCUCUCUUGGUCUUAGUGCCUGACUCACUCGCCGACUCAACCCCACCUCAUCAACAAAACCCUCACCUUCACCCAUAACCUCCUCUUCCUCCCUCACUUCAUCCUGCAAACUCCAUACCGAACAUCAUGGCUUACAACGUCCUCGUAACAGGCUCAUCCGGCCAUCUCCGCACAGCCCUCAUGCUCUCCCUCCCAACAUUCGGCUUCACACCUCUCGGCAUCGACAUCUUACCCUCUGAGAACACAACACACGUCGGAUCAAUCUCAGACCGCGAGUUCAUAACAUCUCUUCUUCAGAAACACCCCAUCAGCCAUGUCCUCCACGCUGCGACGUUGCAUAAACCCCAUGUCGAGAGCCACUCCAAGCAAGACUUUAUCGACACAAACAUCACCGGCACCCUCAUCCUUCUCGAAGAAGCGUCCAAGCUCGGCGCCCAGAUCGAGAGCUUCAUCUUCUUCAGUACAACAAGCACUUUCGGCGCGGCUCUGAGUCCCAAGCCUGGCCAACCCGCCGCCUGGAUCGACGAGACCGUCGUGCCCAUCCCCAAAAACAUUUACGGCGCUACUAAAGUCGCAGCAGAAGAUCUAUGCUUCCUCAUCCAGAAGCAAACAAACAUGCCCGUCCUCAUCCUCCGCACGAGCCGCUUCUUUCCAGAGCAGGACGACGAUGAAGAUCGCAGAGCAGCUGUAUCAGACGACAACCUCAAAGUGCUCGAACUAGCGUAUCGUCGCUGUGACAUUGAAGACAUAGUCCGCGCGGCGGUCUGCGCUAUGAAGAAAGCGCGAGAGAUCCAGUUUCGGAAGUACAUCAUCAGCGCGCCGCCGCCUUUCCCUAACGACGCUAGCACGCUGGCGAUGCUGGACAGAGACCCUAAGCAGGUGUUUGAGACUGUUGCGCCGGAGUGUGUGCAGGUCUUCAAGGAUAAGGGGUGGAGUCACUUGAAGAGGAUCGAUCGUGUUUAUGAUUCUAGCAAGGCGGUUGAGGAGUUGGGUUGGAAGCCGGAGUUUACUUUCAAGAAGGUCGUUGGGUUGGUUGGGGAGGGCAAGGAGUGGAAGAGUGAGUUGACGGGGAAGGUUGGCAAGAGAGGAUACCAUGCAGUCAGUCAUGGUGUUUACACUGUUCGAUGAAUUAGCAGUCCGAGAAUUGGCAUGGGAGGAGGGUAUACGGCGAAAAGCUUCGUAAUGGUUUUGGGACGACACAAUUGACACUUAUGAUACUGGGAGAAAGAAGACCUCGGUCAGACCUUGAUACAGGGGUAUUGGAACAAAUUUAGCAAAAUGUUUACCAAAUUUAUCCUAGACUUAGGUAUACUAAACUUAUACUAAAUUACCUAAGUCUUUGAAUAAUUUGGGAUUAUGGCCCUAAGUUUUCUUUCUUCCCUUAUAGGUGUAAAUAAACUUGUAUUCGCUAUGAUGCUAUGUCUACUAAAAAUAUCCCUCUAAAAAUCAGGGUAUCUAUACAACU